AGCUCGACGGAGCUCUUUGCGCACCUUCAGCAGUACAAGCGGACCACGGUGUCCAGCCUGCUGCAGCAGCCUGCCAUCGGCAACAUCCACCCAGCCAUACUGCAGCUCGGAAUGCGGUACGCGGAUGGCUCCAUCCGCGGCGCGAACGCGCGCUGCCUGGCGAUGCUCAAUGCGCUGUGCCAGGUAAUUCGCGACUACACCACCCCCGAGGGCAAGGAGCUGCCCCGCGACCUGCUGCGCCACCUGAACGACCACGUCAACUUUCUGGUGGUGUGUCGGCCGCUGAGUGUGGGCAUGGGCAACGCCAUCCGCCACCUCAAGCUGCGCAUCUCCACAAUCUCGCCCGACAUGCCCGAGGGCGAGGCCAAGGAGUUGCUGGAGCAGGAGAUUGCGGACUACAUAAACGCCCGUAUCGACAGCGCGGACAAGCAGCUGGUCAGCUACGCGGUGGCCAAGGUGGAGGCACAAGGAGACGUCAUCCUCACCUACGCCGCCUCACACGUGGUGCAGCGGGCGCUGGUGGAGGCGGCCGGGGCGGGCAAGUCCUUCCGGGUUGUGGUGAUGGACUCGCGACCGGAGCUGGAGGGCCGGGCCACUCUUGCUCGGCUCAUGGCGGCUGGCAUCCCCUGCACCUACGUCCACCUGAACGCCGCCUCGUACAUUAUCAGGGAGGUCACCAAGGUGUUCCUGGGCGCCGCGGCUGUGCUGUCCAACGGCACCGUCCUGUCGCGAGCCGGCACUGCGGCGGUGGCAAUGAUGGCGCACGCGCACAGCAAGCCGGUCAUGAUUUGCUGCGAGACGCACAAGUUCAACGAGCGGGUGCAGCUGGACAGCAUCACGCACAACGAGCUGGGCGAUCCGGAGGCCCUGGCGGUGGUGUCGGGAAAGCCUGAGGUCACGGCACUGGAGGGUUGGAGCGAGCACCCGCGGCUGCGACUGCUGAACCUCAAGUACGACCUGAUGCCUGCCGAGUACGUGACCAUGGUGGUUACGGAGUUCGGCAUGGUGCCCCCCACCUCGGUCCCCGUCAUCCUGCGCGAGUUCCGUCAGAGCGAGCAGACAGUGUCGGGACCGUUUUGA